AUAAUCCGCGCAGCCGUGAUUGCGCGUAAAAUGUCCGAUUUGGAGUCGCUGCCCGAGGAGGAGAGGGAGUUUCAAAAGGCCGUGGCUCAGAUCGGAGGAAGGGAGAAGAUCCAUCUGGUCAGCGAUAUCUGUGGAAGUAAGGAGGUGGACGGAGAUGACGUUGGGAUAUUUCAGGAGUUCAUGCAUGACAUGUUUCACAACAGCAGCCCUGCGAUGAGCGAAGGGCAGCUUCCUCCAUGCUGUGCGCCAAACGAUCGCCGAGGCGAAACGGAGAGCGAGGCAGAGACCGGGAAGAGCAACGAGAUACCUUUAACAGAGAAGAGCGGCGAUUUGCUGGAGAACGGCGAGACGGCGACGCGACCGAAGAGCCAGCCGCAGAGAACCGCAACCAGGAGGGCCAAUAUUUACAGCUCCAAGCGGGCCAUAGACUCCCCGGUCAUCGUGUUCCUCUUCAGACACACGUUCGUCGGCAAAGCCUCCAACGAGCUGCUGGAGAUCCUGAAGGACGUGAAGGCGCGCACGAAGCGCGGCUCCGUCCCCCGGCCUGUUCUAAUUGGAUUAAUACGCGCCACGCAGGAGAGCGCGGAGACGCAGCGGUGUGCCGAAGUCCUGGAGGUUGCGAUACGCUCCGUGUUCCGCAAACACUCGCCGGAGACGAUAUGGGUCGGCUGCUUUAUCCCGAAGACCCAAGACAGAAUCCUCAGCGUGAAGAAAAACGCCUGCAGAGCCUUUUACGCUGCAUCCCAGACAGCAGAUAAUGCCGGGGACAGAGGGAGCCAGCCUUUGUGGCCGAUCCAGUGUUGUUUCAGGCCUCGGAGGGGAGAAGCCACAAGGCAGGCCAACAACAAACCUACAAACUGCAGACAGAAAGGUGAAGACGGAAGCCCAGAGGAAGGACUCCCUCUGAAAGAAGGCGUCUUGUCUGGUGAACCUCAGGUGAAAGCGGGAGUGGACCGUUGAUGUCAGAACACGUGGCCAGCUGUGGACCUAUCACUGUGGACUCUCACGCCCUCUCUGUUCUUUUAAAAAAAACAUGCUGGGUAUCAGGGGGGCUAUUACAUGGUGCUGAAAAUCUCUCCUCUGAGAAAUCCAGAUUUCUAACCUGAAAGCUGCUGCCUGACACCUUGUUCUUAAUACUUUGCCGUAAGACGGUUCACUGUAUGUGUGUAGUAUUACUGUAACACCACUUUAACAGGGUAUUAUGAUUAGAUUAACUGAAGUAUGAUGCAUAAUUAAGCACAGAGGAGUGACAAAAGAGCAACAGAAUAGCUGCUUGUUGGUUUAAUAGUGUUGGCUCUUUCUUUAUCAGCCUUGAACCGAAGUGAGCUUUCUUUAUGAAGUCUUUUUUUUAUGUGAUACUAAAAACUCAUAAUAUAGGGCCAUAUAUUAUUCCAUAUUUUUUAUUUUAGUUUUUUUAGUUUGUUGCACUAUCUGAGGUGUUACUGUGACCCAGAAUAGCUCUAGUUGCUGCACAAAAACUACAUUGCCCACAAAUUUGAAAGAGCUUAUGUUAUAAUGUUGUGAAGCAACGUGAUUUUGUUUGUACUUUUACUUCAUUUUUAGCUGAAUUCUGUGCCUUAGACAAGUACGUUUGGGGCUAUUGUUUAUCACAGGAGUAUAAUGUAAGUUUUUAGGUAUUUAUUUAGAUUGCAGGUAUGACCAUCUGUAUGAAUAAACACACUUUAACAUACA